AUGGACCAUGAGAGACUGGGAGUAGAAGCUGUUAUGAGGCAUGGGUACAAGGGUCACAGCCAUUCUGAGUCUGUUCAAGAUUGUGGAUUUGCAGUCUUUAGUGAGGUAGAAUACCAGUGCAGCUUCAGAGAUAGGAAGAUACCAGUUGAAUUCUCUGAAACUGAAUAUCCACGAGUCACUUAUGAAAGGAGACAGCAAUUUUGGGACCCUAUCAGGCUUGCUCUUUUUACCUUGGCAAUUGUAGCAAUCAUAGGAAUUGCAAUUGGCAUUGUUACCCAUUUUGUUGUUGAAGAUGAUAGAUCAUUCUAUUAUCUUGCCUCUUUUAAAGUCACAAACAUCAAAUACAGAGAAAAUUAUGGAAUGAAAUCUUCAAGAGAUUUUACAGAAAGAAGCCAUCAGAUUGAAAAAAUGAUGUCUAGGAUAUUUCGGCGUUCUUCUGGAGGAGGUCGCUUUGUCAAAUCUCAUGUUAUCAGUUUAAGUCCAGAUGCGAAAGGCGGCGUGAACAUUCUGAUGGUGCUCAUGUUUCGGUACCCAUCCACUGACAGUGUAGAACGAAUCAAGAAGAAAGUGGAAAGGGCUUUAUACCAAAGUCUGAAGACCAUGCACUUGCCUUUGACUAUCAAUAAACCAUCGCUUAGACUCACACCUAUUGACAACAGAAAGAUGAGGAGUCUUCUCAACAGUCGCUGUGGGGUAAGGACGACACUUUCAAACAUGCCAUUGCCAGCAUCCUCCUCUACUGCGCGGAUCGUCCAGGGACAGGAAACAGCCAUGGAUGGGGAGUGGCCAUGGCAGGUCAGCCUGCAGCUCAUCGGUGCAGGCCACCAGUGUGGGGCCAGCCUCAUCAGCAACAUGUGGCUGCUCACAGCAGCUCACUGCUUCCGGAAGACUAAAGACCCAAGUAAAUGGAUCGCUACUUUUGGUACAACUAUAACACCACCAGCAGUAAAGCGGAGUGUGGGGAAAAUUAUAGUUCAUGAAAACUACCGCAGAGAUACAAAUGAUAAUGACAUUGCUUUGGCUCAGCUGGCUACCCGAGUUGAAUUUUCAAAUAUAGUUCAGAGAGUUUGUCUCCCAGAUUCAUCUAUGAAGUUGCCACCUAAAACAAGUGUAUUUGUCACAGGAUUUGGGUCCAUUGUAGAUGAUGGACCUACACAAAACAAACUUCGUCAAGCUCAGGUAGAGACUAUAGGUACUGACGUGUGCAAUAGAACGGAUGUAUAUGAUGGUCUGAUAACUCCAGGGAUGCUGUGCGCUGGCUUCAUGGAAGGAAAAGUAGACGCAUGUAAGGGGGACUCUGGUGGACCUCUGGUUUAUGACAGCCAUGACAUCUGGUAUAUUGUCGGUAUAGUAAGUUGGGGACAAUCAUGUGCUCUUCCUAAAAAACCUGGGGUCUACACGAGGGUGACUAAGUAUCGACACUGGAUUGCUUCAAAGACUGGUGUCUAG